GACACAUUGACGUUUAACAACCAAGAUGUGUCUACUACCCCAAAAUGUGUUUUUCAAAAAUUAUAUCUCAAUUAUCUAUCAAAAUAUUUUUUAUUGAACAUGUACAAUAAGUAUUUUUUUAGAAUCCAGUAUCUUUACUGAACACAAUAUAUUUUAUAUGCAUUUUAGAAUAAUUUUCUUUGAUGUAAGAUGUGCCAAUAGCGGAAUAAAUAGGCCCAACCAGUGAAAAGCAAAUGACUGUUUAGAACCAACUGUUUGCUUCUUGAACGUAUCCUAAUAAAUAAUCGGUUACUGUAAUAUUCCUUGACAGCGGUUUACACAACAAAUCUAACUAAAGUUAGUUUAAACGUCGGGCUUUGUAGCGUAGACACAAACUUUCAAAAUAUUGUGUUAUGUGUUGACUGUUUUGGGAAAUUUAGGAAAUGUGAAAUAUGAAUUUAGAACUGUUAAAAAGUGGAUAUUUUUCGAUGGCAUAGUGGUUACUGUUGUUAAUUUUUAUUACAGUUUGAUUGCAUAUUCGAUACAUAAUGCCAUCGGCUCGACUAACUCUCCGUGAAGAGGACGUCGUCCGAUUGGCACUGGAAUUUUUAUAUAACCGCCAAUUACACAUUUCCCAAUUGAGUUUGGAAAGAGAAACGGGUGUAAUAAACGGAAAUUAUUCUGACGACGUGCUGUUUCUAAGGCAACUCAUACUCGACGGACAAUGGGACGACGUUCUGGAGUUCAUACAACCUUUGGAGGCGUUGAAGGCCUUCAAUAUGAAAAAGUUCAGUUACACUAUAUUAAAACACAAAUAUAUCGAAUUGCUGUGUAUAAAGUCGGAGGCGAAUAUCCAAGGUAACAGUGUCGACAAUGCCGUGGAAGAAGUAGUUAGUGUUUUAAACGAAUUGGAAAAAUACUCAGCUUCAAAAGAAGAAUACUCUACUAUGUGUUUAUUACUUACUCUUCCAAGGCUGUCAGAUCAUUUACAAUACAAAGAUUGGAACCCUAGUAACGCCAGAGUACAAUGUUUCCGAGAAGUUUAUCCUUUGGUUGCUGAAUUCUUAUUGGGAGACAGAAAACCAGUGGACGGAAAUGUUAACUGUAGCGCUCAAAACGACAGACUGAUUCAACUUAUUAUUAAAGGUAUAUUAUAUGAAUCCUGUGUGAACUAUUGCCAAGCCAAAGCAACUGGUAGCACAGAUACUCAGGCCAAUGAUAUGAAUUUCAGUAAAUUAUUAGAUGGUAGUAUAGGUUUCAGUGAUUCAGAUUUGAGUUUAUUGUCAUGGCUUCAAAGCGUUCCUCCUGAGACGUUUUCUGUACCUUUUGAACAACGCACUCUAAACGUUGACGUUGAAAGACUCGAGAGACCCAGCUUGGAAACAUCUUGGACUGAACAUAUGUUAGUGACACCUAUAAAACCCAAAACGUUUCCUCAUUCGGCUAUGCCUUUUACGAGACCUCGAUCAGCUGCUGAUAUUAUGUCAAGAUCGUUGAUGUUACCAAUGGGAGAUGGUUUGCCGUUUGGGUUAACUCAGAAUAACAAUCUUUCAACGUCGUCAAAAAUGAUGGCGCUUAGUACCGGUGAUAUUGGAUUGAAUAGGCCUAUGUCCAGAAGUAGUUUUGCUAGUUUUCAUUUAACAGGUUUAAAAAAUAGUAGAAAUAUGAACACAUCUGUGGAUCGAUUGUUUGAGAAUGAUGGUGAAGUUUUUCUCAGUAACAGUUAUGGAGAUUUCCAGCAACAUAUGCCUUCGAUACAAGAGCAAUCCAGCACUCCAAAAUCAAAUGUCAAUACUCUACCAAGUUUUCCGAAAAAUCCAAAUUUAGACAGAAAGUCGAAUACAUCAACACCAGAACCAAAAGAUAGAGACAGUCCUGCUUCCGUCGGAACUGAAAUGACACCUCGAGGCGAUUUCUUCGAUAAUAGAACUGUGUUGCCUAACGUAGUUUUUACGUCGCGCGGUGCUUCAAAUGCGGAUACUGGGGCCGUUCCCCAAAGCGCCGAUCAAAAUUAUUCGGGCGAGUUAGUUAGAGAGUUUCAUAGGACUAAACAAAAAUUACAAGAAACGCUAGUGCAACGAGAAAAAGAAAGAGAUGAAUUAAUUAGGCAGAUAAAUAGUGAGAAUCAGAAGUUGACUGGAGAGAGCAAACAGAGCGGAAGCGGUACAAAUUUAAAUAAUCCGGGCGUCAGUUUAUCUAACGGCAACUUGACAUCGAGAGCAAAACCACCAGCUUCGAAGUCUCUAAAUGGAACGGGCAUGUCCAAUUUUAGAGGAUCAUUAGAAGAUAAUACGAUAAGACAAUCGAUAGGCGAUCAGCCUCUACCUCAUACACCGUCUCGUGGAUCGCCAAGACAAGAUUUGGACAAUAGUAUAGAUAAUCAGAGACCGAAAUUUGUGGCGGUUACAACUUUAGAAGAUGUUCAAGCUGUUAGAUGUGCUGAAUUUCAUCCUGGAGGACAACUUUACGCAGUGGGAUCAAAUUCAAAGACGCUUAGAAUAUGUGCUCAUCCUAAACUUUCAGAUCUGAGGGAAGAUCAUGAAACUUACCAACCAACGGUGCUGUUCAAAAGGACGAAACACCAUAAAGGUUCCAUUUAUUGUUUGGCAUGGUCUCCCGUAGGUGACUUAAUGGCUACUGGUUCUAACGACAAAACUGUCAAAUUAAUGCGAUUCAAUUCAGAAACAAGUAACUUGGAGGGUGAUGAAAUAGAACUGACUAUGCACGAUGGUACUAUUAGAGAUUUGUGCUUCCUCGAAGAUCAGUCCAACAAAUCAAGUCUACUUAUUAGUGGCGGUGCUGGAGAUUGUAAAAUAUAUGUUACUGAUUGUGCUACUGGUACACCCUUCCAAGCUCUUAGCGGUCACACAGGUCACAUUUUGUCCCUGUAUACUUGGGGUGGUGCUAUGUUCGUCAGUGGAUCCCAUGACAAGACUGUCCGUUUUUGGGAUUUGAGAACUAGAGGUUGUGUUAAUGUCGUAACUCCAAUUACCGUGCCGGGAAGUCGACAGGGUUCUCCGGUGUCUACAUUAUGCGUGGAUCCGUCUGGAAGACUUCUUGUAUCCGGACAUGAAGAUAGCUCUUGUGUACUUUACGACAUUCGAGGUGGAAGGAAUGUACAAUGUUUCAAACCACAUUCUGCUGAUGUCAGAUCAAUUAGAUUCUCACCAUCAGCAUAUUACCUCCUAUCUGCUGGUUAUGAUAAUAAAUUGGUACUAACAGAUCUUCAAGGGGACCUUACCUUACCAUUACCGAGCGUCGUCGUUGCACAACACCAAGACAAGGUUAUAUCCGGACGAUGGCAUCCUGCAGAAUUUUCAUUUUUGUCUACAUCAGCUGAUAAAACGUCGACAUUAUGGGCUUUGCCACCCGUUUAAAAUUAACUAUACUUAAUUUGUUAAUAUUGAAAGUCUGAAUUAACAAAUACUCAUUUAAAUAAUUGCACUGUUGCACAUUAAUGUAAUAUUUUCGGAAUGGCAAUAUUCUUGUCUUUUUUUAUAAUAAAUGGUUAUCCGUUAUGUUAUUUUUUGUUAUAGGAGAGUGAAUAUGACAAAGCCCAAGAAACUACUUGUGAAUAGAUAUGAUCAAACAUAUAUUUUCAAAUGACAGUCCUCUAUUGAUACAUUUUAUUUUAAUAACAUUGAAAAUUAAUACAUACUUAUAUUAAGACAAAAUCAUUAAUAUUUUUAUAAAACUUGGAGAGAAAUUUUUUGAAUAAAAUAAUUCAUAGCUGUAAUUCUUUGGCUUUGCUAACUUCAAUGGGAAAAACGUACUCGACUAUAGUUCAUGAUAUUACUAGUUUCUUGAAUACAUUGACUGACGACCCCUUCAAUUAUUUUCAUCACGAAGAAAAUGAUAUUUAUUUAUUUUUUAUUUGCAAAUAAUACAAAAGAAGCAUAGUUAGACUGGUACAAUAAACCACAGAAGAAUGAAUUGAGGCUAAGAAUUGAUUGACAAUGAAUUAACGUAAAUGAAAAAAUCCGGAAGCUGUUGACAUGCCCAAUUCAAUAGAAAGACAUUCUAUAACUAGGUGAAAUGAUUCAUAUUCUCCAUCAGUUUCUGCUUCCUGAAACAGAAAGAAGUUGGUCACUGAAAACAAUCAAUACUUGACACUAAUAUUUAAAUUAUGAAAAAAAUUGUUGGUUCAAAAUAUUCAUUUGAUGUACUGGAAUGAGAUUCCACUUCAUUAAUACCUUUUCCAUUUAUUUUAUUCAUAAAAUCAAUUUCUUUUGUUUUUUUUUGUAGAUAAUUUUUUCCAAACGUUGACUGAAAGUGAAACAUUACAUAUUUUUAUAGUAGGAAUUUUUGAUAUUGCUCUUAAUUACCUAAAUUUAUACUAUAAUACGUUUCAUUUAGUUAUUUUGUAAUUUCAUUUACGAAACUCUCUCAGCUAAUUAAAUUUGAAAAUGCUGAAUUUUUAUUAUUCUGUUUUUUCCGUCAUACACACUUUCAAUAACUUUUUAUUUCCUCGGGAACUUUGAACAAAUAUUUAUCACAUUUUCCUUUUCUUCAGUUAAGUAAUAUUUGUGUUUGUUUUAGCAAUCAGUUAAAAUUAUAAUUUUAAAUUUUACAGAAUUUAUUAAUCACCAUGUAGACGAAGAAGUAUUGGACAAAACAGCCGUUUGAACAAGUUAGAUUCUUUACUUUCGUUUUCUAAAAUUAUUUUAACCAAAUAUCCACAUUGUCUCUUGUUUUUCCUCAAAAAAUUGCCUUCUAUUGAGUUUUUCAGAAAUAAUUUUGUAUAAUAACAUUGGCAGUGAACUCAUUUACAACACCUAGAAACUCAUCACAUUCAUUAAUGUUGUUGCUUGUGUGUUGCUUUUUGAUUCGUUUGAUCUAAAGUUAUAAGAAAACUUCCGUGAAUGACGUCCAUGCUAAGUUUACCAUAUACCAUCUGGUUUCCAAUAUCAAAAUCGAGAAGAAUUAGUUGACAUCCAAGUACCAGUACACCAGAUAUUCUGAGGUUAUUUUCCUUUUUAUAUCUGUGUUAUUAACAUGUUUAUAUGACAUAAGUACAAUGCAAAUUUAGGCAUUUGAUAAAUAGUCUAGGUUUUGUACAAAAAACUGGUAAAACGUGAUCCUGAGAGUUUUCUUGCGUUAUAACUAAAUAAUUGUAGGUAAUUUGACAAAAUGCCGGCAUAACAUGUGUGGGAGACAACGUAUUUCAUGUUGCCUGAUUAUUUUGAGCCAUUUUACAAUUUCAUGUUAUUUCCUAGUCACAAUUAGAAAUAAGAAAUAGACUUACAAACCACAGCUUUAUUUCAAAAGAAAUACAUAAAUAAACAUUUCUAAAACCAAACAAAUACGCAAGUGUGUAACAAACUUUGACUAAAAUGUAAAAUGUUUACCAAUUCUAACGUUAUUACCGAAGCGCGUUUUGUCUGUAAGGGCGCAGCGUGGUAUUUAUAAUAUUUGAGAAACCAUUUAUAAUUUCCAACAGGGGCAGAUUGAAAAUCCAUCAGGUCGAUAUGACUCUGAACAUUAAAAUCUUUAGAAAGAUUAGGACAUAUGAUUAAUUCCCUUAAAAGUGAAACAAAAGCUUUGACCACAUCGUUUAUAGAUUUUUAUUCCAAAUCGCGCUCUUUUCGAUGGAUUGAACUGAAUACAACUCAAUUGUGCUUUGAACUUCAUAAGAGAAUCAUCUAGUGAUACUAUGCUCUCUGAAGUAAAAAGAUUCUCGAAUGUAUUAUUUCAUUUUCGUUGUAUGUAAAGUGAAGGAGUCUUGUGAUAUCAAAAAACCUAUUUCGUUGCAUAGUGGCUGUAAAAAUUGGAGUAUUUAUUUACUUGCGACAUAAGAAUACAUAAUGCAAUAUAUAAUUUCAUUUUAUCCGCAGUUAAUGGAAACCACUUUAGAUUUCGUUUAUUUGCAACUUCUUUCAACUUCUACUAUCAUUUUCCAGAACUUUCAGUAAGAAUCUGGUCUAGCACUUUCAAUGGUGUAGGAUUAUCACUUAAUUUUCGCAGGCACAAAACAUUUAUUCCAGCUAUUUCUUGAAAUUGUUUUAUAUCAGCAAGAUUUUCUACUUCGUCCCAAAUCCAUUGUUCUUACAAUUGUUCGAUAGGAAAUUCACUAUCGCUCGAUAAAAACUGCACGCGUUUUCGACGUAUUAUCGUCAGUAUCACUUUCCAAUUCAUCGUCGUUUUCAUCAUUUUCAUUCUCUAAUUUACUGUAAUCGCUGUUACCAUAUAGCUUUAAUUCUACUUCAUUGAAACUGUCAUAAAAUGAAUUUUUUAAUUCAGACAUCUUAAAGAGCCUAUCAAAAAAAACAGGGAUAAAAUAAUUAUAAGUGUAACUUUAUUUUACAACUGUAAAAUGUCAAAAACAAACGAGGCAAUUAUUUUCGAUCAACGCCAACUGGCUGGGGUACUACAAAAACCAACGCCUGCUUCUCAAAUUCAGAUAACGAGUCUGAAAGUCUCAAUCGAGUCUGAAAGUCUCAAUCGUCAAAUGUUCUCAAAGAAUUAACUCUAGCAGCAGACCAAGGUUUUUUGAUUGGAUCGUUUCUCCUACUUUCGGUGUAAAAUUGUUGCUAUUGUUUAUUGAACUACUUCUAAGUGAACCGUAUGGUUUUUACAUGCAUAAUAUCAUUGCUAUUAUUGUUAAUUUUUCUCUAAUACAUACCUAACGAGGUUAUGUUACCGUUAACGUGCGAUUUUGACUAACUCAUAUCCGGCAAAUUGUAAAAUGCCUCAAUAUCAUCAGGCAAACUGAGAUACGUUGAUUUCCACACAUGUUAUACAAGGAGUUAUCAAAUUGCCUAAAACUAUCUAAUCAUAACGUAACAAAGUUCUCGGGAUCAAGUUUUGCCGGUUUUUUGUCAAAUGUCUCGGACUUUUAACAAAUGCCUGAAUUUGCCUUGUGCCUACGACAUAUAUAUAUUUUUUAAAUCACAGUAUUAAAAACUUUUGACAGCCAGCUAUACUUUAGUGUUUUUUAAUUAUACAAUUCUAGUAUUAUUUCCGGUAUACUAAUGAAAUUCGAUCAUAUAUAUUUAAAUUGAUGGCAGAAACAUGAGCAAUAUUAGUGGCAGAUUUUUUUGAAGAAAUUAUUGGUAGUUGAAUAUUAGUUGGAACAUUUCAAAAAUGUUAUUUUAAUAUUUUUUGUUGGUGGUUUUUUUAAACUAUUAUAGUGCACUUCAAAAAGUAACUGUACUUAUGUUUAAAUUUGAUUAAUUUUCCUGCAAACCGAGCUUAAUUAAACGUGCAAUUUACACAUUUUAAAGAAAAAACUAUCGAAUUAUUUUGAUAUUGAUAUUAAAUUAAAUAAAUAUUAAAUAAACGAUUGACAUUUGAAUAAUUACUCAUUUGCAUUAUAUAGUAACCAAAACCUAGUUGAAUGUUACUCGAAUAUUUUUGACAUUUUUUAGAAAAAAAAAAUAGACAAACUAUGUGUAAUAUGUUUAUAUAGGGUAUUUGAAUAAGAGCGGACUUAUUUGUUAGUGUUAACCAUUAUUUUGCUAUAAUUCAGUAUGAUAGUGGAGAUUGGAACUCUCCGAUCAAAAUCAUUUUUAUAUCUGCAAUUCAAUUCACAUAUAUCGAGCACUUGUUUGUUAAUCAAUAAAAAGUUAUUUCUUGAAAUAGAACUUUAAAAGUAUCAUAAAAGAAGUUGUAAGUACUGAAUAACAAAUUGUGAGGAUAAAUCAAACAAGAAAAUUGAUUUUAGGUGUAGGAAGUAGAAAUUUGUGCAGUUAAUGGUAUGAAAAUAAUAUCUACCUUGUAAAAAUGUAAUAAAAAAUUUUUAAGCUUACAUUCUUCCAAGUUGAAAUUAUUAUUCAGAGGAGUAGCAAUAUAUUCAAAUAAUAGUGCAAUUCGUUUAGAUCUGUUGUUGGGUUCAUUAGUUUAUUCUUCUUUCCCUUUGUCUAAAUAAAUAUGCAGAUAUAGAAUAUUCCAGAACUUUUUUUAUUGUGUCGAGAAAAUUAGAUCGGCUAUAAAAUGAGGAGACAAGUUGAAAAGUGGAGUUUAUAAAAUCAUCAUAAUUUUAAUGAAGUUAAAAACUUUCUGUUGUUUAUUAAUUUGUGUCAAAUCAGUCAUUUGUAGAUUCUUUGGACAAUCUGCGCAUAUACCUAGAAAAUAUUGUAUUGUGUACUGAUUGUUCUACUGACUAAAUACGUAGACUGUUAGGAAAGGAGGCUAUUUUUCUGAGAUUUUUGUGUCUCACUUCCCAAGGUGUUAGUACUACCCCUUCAUGUUCUCAAGCCUUUCUGUAAAAUAGGCAGGACAUUUUCAGAGCAGAUGUUCUAGUGUUACCAGAAUAUGCAGUUGUCCUCUGCUAUGCGUCUUAAAGUGAUGUUUGACGGGGGCAGUGACCUGUCAGAAGCGCGACCACCAGUUUGGUGUCGUUUUUGAUUAUCAUGAGAGUACCAUCAUUCAUCAUAUGAUUAAAAACUCCAGUGCGUUACAACAUUUGAAUUCAAUCACAUUCAAAUUAAAGUAUAAUGCAUUUUACACUAAAAAGCGAUUUUAAUCUUAUUAUUCGGGGAGUUUCAAAGUUAACAAUCAUACUUUAUACAUAAUAUUUAGCAUACACAUAUUUUAUGCAGUAACUGUAUAUAUUUUUUAACGUUUUUAGCUUUUUGUAAACGAAACUAAAAUUACUAUUGUAUUCAAUGUUUUUGCUUUACAUGUUAUUUGAAGAAAAAAGAUCUACUGUAUGUUAUAUUAUAAUUUAAUGGUUACAGAAAUUUUUUAAUAAUAAAAUAAUACAUUAUAACAAA